AUGAUUCGACGCGAUGGACGGCAUUUGGAUGAAGCGCGACCUCUGAAAAUAUCGCUCGAUGGCCUUGCUCGAGUAGAUGCGUCGGCUCGAUUCUCAUUUGGAACAUCGACGGCUGCGCUGGCUUCAGUCUCGGGACCUAUUGAAGUUCGUUUGGCUUCUGAAAACCCGUCGCAAGCAACAUUCGAUGUCUCAAUUCGCCCACUAUCAUCCAUUCCAGGCAUCGAGUCGAAAUCGCUCGCAUCCAUGAUCAGAGCAGCACUGCUACCUUCUUUGAUUCUUACGACAAACCCACGGACACUUAUACAGCUCGUUAUCCAGGCCCUGACGCCGUCGUAUGAUGCUCAUUCGAAGUGGGACAACGGUCUUGUCACAGCCAUGAUCAACGCGAGCACGAUGGCACUUUUGAACGCCGGGUCGAUUCCUAUGAGGGGGGUGGUGUGCGCAGUUGCCGUCGCACGCGUUGACAAUACGUUCUUCGUGGACCCGUCACCGGAGGAAUCGGCGAAGGUAGCUGGAAGCGGCAGCGGGUGUUUCGCGUUCAUGUUCGGGCAUGGCGUAGGCCGGACGCCCAACGAAGCAGGUUUCACUUGCGUGUGGUCGAAUUGGCGAGGGAGUAGUGGAGAUGAAGACGAUGUGAUUACCGCGAGGGAUCUGGCGAAGGGGAGUGCGAGGAGGGUGUGGGAAGCGAUGAAGUCGAGUGUUGGAGAAGAGUUCAAGACAAACCCUGACGAGCCGGGUGAUAAGGAAAUGGGGGCAUCCUGA